GUCUGACGAGUCAGACGGAGGCCAUGGCUCUUCAGUCCAUCAGAAACAUCCGAGGAAACAGCCGCUGUGCCGACUGCGAAGCUCAGAACCCGGACUGGGCGAGUCUGAACCUCGGGGCCCUGAUCUGCAUCGAGUGCUCGGGCAUCCACAGGAACCUGGGGACCCACCUGUCCAGGGUCCGCUCUCUGGACCUGGACGAGUGGCCCCUGGAGCUCAUCAAGGUCAUGUCGGCCAUCGGCAACGAGCUCGCCAACGGCGUGUGGGAGGCCAACGCGCAGGGACGCCUCAAACCGGCACCGGACGCCAGCAGGUAGGAACCUCGGCCCUGUGUGUCCCCGAAAACACAAAACCAGU